ACUGACAUGAGUACAUCUGUUUUGAUCUUCUUUGUAUAUCUUCGUUCCAAAAGAUUAAUCUUUUUUCUGGAAAACACAAGACAAUCAAGUUUUUUUUUACUGUAAGAUGUUGGAGCUUUUGAGGAAGAUGAAAAUGGAAUUGGAUUACACAAAGAAAAUUGAUCAAAUCUGCAAUUUGAGAUGAUAAGAUGUUAAUACAGUGACAAAGAGGGCAAUACAUAGAGAAAUGAUAUACUAAUUUCCAAACACACAGUUCGUAGAAAAGGCCAAAUUGGUGCUUUUGGCAAUGAAUACUGUACCUAUGAUGAAGCUAUAAAAAGCUUGAAUCUUUCUUGAACCAAGAUUAUUUUCUUGGGUUUCCCAUUUGGUGUCAGGAUUUUUUCAUAUGCAGGGCUCAAAUCCGAGACCUCUGAUUAAGUAGGAUCAACCUUAUCCACUGCACAACAUUCGUUGAUUGUCUUUGAACCAAGAUUCAUAUGUAAAUGAUCACAAUCUUGCAGUUGUGUUUUGAAGUUGCUUAUGUUUUAAUUUGCCUUUAUUUGGCAUGUUGUGUAUUGAUGUGAGUACUUCUUUGCAGGUUGAAACAAUAUGAAAAAUGAUGGAAGGAUGCAAUACUAUUAUAAUUCUCUGGCAAGGUAGGAGACUUGAGUCAUACAUAAGUUUGACCAUGAAAAUGUAAUCAGAUUUUGUAAAUCUGAUCUUAUUUUCAAACUCUUAUAAGAGCUUCUCAAAGAAAAUUUCUCAUAAAAAAAAAAGGGAGACUCAGCUGUUCGAAGAGAAGAGCUUAACGGAGAUGGGGCAAAAAGGGUAUCAAUCACCGGUGAAGAAACUGUUGUCAUGGGUUCAAAAGCAAUCGAAGAAAGUGAAAAUCGUUUUGUUUAUCAUCAUGGUGAUUACUCUAUUGGUGACUCUCAAGUUAGCCGUUCAUGAUCACAACUAUUUUUUUGUUAUGGCUGAAGCUAUUCAUUUGAUUGGGCUCUUGAUUUUGAUUUACAAAUUGACAACCCUCAACACUUGCUCUGGCCUUUCAUUGAAGACUCAAAUGCUUACAGUGAUAUUUUUGGCUGUAAGAGUAUACUGUAGUUUCAUCAUGGAAGGAGAUAUCCACACUGUGUUAGAUCUUAUCACCCUCGUGGCAACAUUGUGGAUUAUAUAUAUGAUGAAGUUCAAGCUAAAGACAUCGUACAUGGCAGAUCUGGAUAACAUGUCCUUAUACUAUGUGAUAGUUCCUGCCGCAGUUUUGGCCUUCUUUGUCCAUCCUACUGUAAAAAGUUAUAUUCUGAUAAAUCGAAUGCUUUGGGCUUUUUGCGUGUAUCUGGAAUCCAUAUCAGUGUUGCCUCAGCUUCGCUUGAUGCAAAAUGUUCAGAUACUUGAGACAUUUUCAGCCCAUUAUGUUUUUGCAUUGGGCAUUGCAAGGUUUUUGGGUUGUGCUCAUUGGAUUAUUCAGGUUUAUGACAAUGUUGGAUCACCGAUUUUCUUGGAUGAACGUAGUUUCUUAUGGAUACCUAUGGUCUUUUUAGCAGAAAUGGUUCAAACGUUCAUUUUGGCUGAUUUCUGUUAUUAUUACGUAAAGAGUGUUAUGAGCGGCCAAUUGAUUAUUCGUUUGCCAGUACCUGUGUAAAAGGCUUAAGAGGCUGUAAUAUGAUUUUGUUGAA